AAAGAGAAAAAAAAUUCCACUACAAACCGUCAGAUAUGACUUCAAUAUGUGUAAAAACGUUGCAAUAUAUACGGUACCAUGUGAUGUAAAAUGUUACAUUUUAUCUUUGAAACACAAACACAAACACAAACAUGAAUGGUAAGAGAGUAGGGAAUGAAGCGAAGGGAAAUAGCAAUGAAGUAAGGUAUAGAGGGAUUCGUAGAAGACCAUGGGGUAAAUUUGCAGCAGAGAUACGUGACCCUUCAAGAAAUGGAGCAAGACUAUGGUUAGGGACAUUUGAUACAGCUGAAGAAGCAGCAAGAGCAUAUGAUCGAGCCGCCUUCGGUUUUCGAGGUCAUUUAGCUAUCCUCAACUUCCCAAAUGAGUACCAAUAUCAAAAUCCCAGCUCUUCUUCUUCAAAUUCAAGAACUUUUCCUUCCUCAUCUUCUUCUUCAGCUCGUGGCAAGAGUUUUGGCAAAGUGGGUUCAUCUACUGGACAAGAAGGGGAGGUUAUAGAGUUUGAAUAUUUGGACAAUAAGUUGUUGGAUGAGCUUCUGGAAACACAUGCGGAUAUAGGCAAAGGGUUUGGCAACUGAAAAUAUAUCAUUGGUUCAUUAAGAAAAGGACAUGUCUUUUUUUGGCCAAUGUAUGACUGAUGUUUUUUCUGUUUGCUUGUUUGUUUUUUAUUCACCUUUUAUGUAUAUAUAUGUGUGUGUGAAAGAAUUUGGUAGUUUAUUCUCAGAUUCCACCCUUUUACAGGGUUUUCUUCCCCUCCUCUUCCUCUUUUGGAGUUUUUUUUUUUUUUUUUUUUCAUUUCGUCCUAGUAAAAAAAUGCCUCUUUUUCUCAGUAUAGAGGGUUCUCUCUCUCUCUCUCUCUCUCUCCCUGUUUUUUUUUAAAGGUCAAAGAACAAAAACUCAGGGCACAAUCAGGUUUUGGUUAGACUUCAAAUUGACUGAAUUUAUCAGUCUUAGGAUAGCUUCAAGUUCUGUAACUUUUAGCCCAAUUUUAUUGACCGGAGUGUGCCUCAGUGCCUUUACAGCUGUACCAACAGCUAUUUCUUAUUUAA